GCGAGGAGGGAAUUUCAAGUGUUGGAUCAGGGAAACUAAACUACAGGUCUGGUCCUUCAUACUGACACGCAGACUGGACAGAAGAGCAACUGAAGAGAUGGACAGAUGGAACUCAAAGGGAGACCAUGCCCUUGGCUGACACAGACUGACAUGACCUCUCCAUCUCGCUGUUUAACCUAAUCUGAACAUCCCGAAGCCGCUAUGGAUACAUACAAAUGUUUAAGCUUACUGUUCUUCACUUUUCCUCCACAAGUUUAUUCCCAUGUUGUACCGCGUGCCCACGCUGAAGAGAGGCUGCUUCAGGAUCUGUUUGCACAUUACAAUAAGCUCUCCCGGCCUGUGGAAAACACUACAGACACAGUGCUAGUCCACUUUGGACUGUCUAUUGCCCAGCUUAUUGAUGUGGAUGAGAAGAACCAGAUGAUGACCACAAAUGUCUGGGUCAAGCAAGAAUGGAAUGAUUACAAACUCCGCUGGAACCCGGAGGAAUACGAAAAUGUCACCUCCAUCCGUAUUCCCUCAGAGAUCAUCUGGAGGCCUGACAUUGUCCUAUACAACAACGCUGAUGGUGACUUUGCGGUAACUCACCUCACAAAGGCACAUCUGUUCCAUGAUGGUCGGAUAAAGUGGAUGCCACCAGCCAUUUACAAGUCUUCAUGCAGCAUAGAUGUCACCUUUUUCCCUUUUGACCAGCAAAGCUGCAAGAUGAAGUUUGGCUCGUGGACCUAUGACCGUGCCAAGAUCGAUCUGAUCAGCAUGGCCAGCGAUGUGGACCAAAUGGACUACUGGGAGAGUGGCGAGUGGGUCAUUGUCAAUGCAGUGGGCAAGUACAAUACCAAAAAAUAUGAGUGCUGCACAGAGAUAUAUUCAGACAUCACUUACUACUUCAUCAUCCGAAGGCUUCCGUUGUUCUACACCAUUAAUCUUAUCAUCCCCUGUCUUCUUAUCUCCUGUUUGACUGUGCUGGUGUUUUAUUUGCCAUCACAAUGUGGAGAGAAGAUCACCUUGUGUAUCUCAGUGUUGCUGUCCCUAACAGUAUUCCUCCUACUGAUCACAGAGAUUAUACCGUCUACAUCGCUGGUGAUUCCACUGAUUGGUGAAUACCUGCUGUUCACUAUGGUCUUUGUCACACUCUCCAUCAUAAUAACUGUCUUCGUGUUAAACGUACAUCACCGAUCCCCACAAACCCAUGGAAUGCCUCACUGGGUGCGGAGAGUAUUUUUGGACUUGGUGCCACGAGUCCUCUUCAUGAAGCGUCCACCAGGCACAGCCAAGCAGCACUGCAAGAAGCUUAUUGAGAUGAUGCACCGUCCCACCACCAUAUCUACAACAGGCAACUCCCAGGCUUUUUGGACGGGGUUGGCAACAGGGUUGAGACAGAUGAGCCAGGUAGAGAAUACCCUCCCAAAGACUCCAUCGGACAGUCCAAGCAUCCUUGUCAGCUCACCUUCUCCACCCUCUUCCCCGCUUGAGUACCACAACAAGGAAGAACACCCGCUAAAGGCCAACAUUUUUUGCCGGUCCACAUCUGGUCAGUACUCAGUUCUCUCAGACAAACAACCCUUACGUGGACACAACUCUGCAGCCUUGUCUUCAUCCCAAUUGUCCUUACCACCAACUUUGCCAAUGGGUCCACUUCCCAGCAUAUCCAAGGAAGAACCAAAUACAUUGGCCUCAAAUGACCGCUCCCUCAGUGUAGAGCAAAUGUUUGACCAACAGAAGGAGCUUCUUCAGAGAGCUGGGCAUCUGUGCCGUUCCCGCAGCUUCCAGUACUGCUGUCUGAAUGAUGAAGGGCCUGGGGUCAUCGGGAUCACAAGAUGGAUGAAGAAACAAGCCUCUACAGAUCACCUUGCUGAAAAUCUCACAACAAAGUCCACUAAAGACGCCAGUACCCAACAGGACACUGUGGUUCCAACUAUUUCCCCAGCUAUGUAUCAGGCCAUAGAGGGAGUUCAGUACAUUGCUGAUCAUCUCAGGGCGGAAGAUGCAGACUUUUCAGUGAAGGAGGAGUGGAAGUAUGUGGCCAUGGUCAUUGACAGGAUAUUCCUCUGGAUGUUUGUACUGGUGUGCAUACUGGGAUCUGUGGGACUCUUUCUUCCUCCUUGGCUGGCUGGAAUGAUCUAGAAUCUUACCGCUGAAGGAAAGGGAUUUCAAGAACACUGACAGGAACACAUGCCGUCCAAGUUAAUCAUUUAUCUUUUUAUUUUCUAUUUAUUACAAGAACUACAAGUCACACUACUUGUCUUCCCCGAGGUUAUCACAAGGUUACUCACGGAGAAACAAGAUUAAAUAUAUAUCAUUGAUUCCGGUGGGAAUAUAAAUUCUUUAUGAGAGCAAGGCCAACAGCGAAUAUCCUUAACUACCACUCAAUUUUGACAUUGACCUGUACAGCAUAAGCUGUCAUCUUCAUAAAAACAGAGAAGAAUAGACUUUGACCCAUCUAUAACUGCAGAAAGCACCACAGAAAGAUACUUUUAAGACUAUGAAAUGUUUGGUCUUAAUCUCAAUUUUAACAUUCGUACUACAAUGUCAUUGUUAUAGUAUCUUGACAAAAGCACAGGUGCCAUCACCGAAAAUUUAAAAAAUACUAAUGUUUCACCUGAUUUGUCAGAAUUCAGUGGGUUGUAUAUGUGUGUGUGUGUGUGUGUGUGUGUCAGUGUGUGUGUGUGUGCUCAGGUGUAACACAUUUUGCAAUGCUUAGGCAAGUACACAUACAGAUACACAUCUAUUCAAUAUUUCUUUCAGCCAUUCUCUUGGUUACUACCACAGCACUUUGGUAUUAACAGGAGGGCAUUUAAAGUCACAUUUUCCAGUUAUGUAUGGUCCUUCAUCCCCUCAACCUCAGCCACCUAAAAAGACAAGGGCACAUUUAUUCAUUUUUUAUUUUGCUUUAUAAAUGAGUAGAAUAGGAAUGGAAUGAUUGGCCUGAUUUUUUAUUUUUUUUUGUCAUGCAUGAUUUUCUAGGCCAUUUUAGGCAUAAUCUACUUAAAUAUCAAUAAAUAACAGCCACAUGAAUUUUUUUUAUUUAUUAUCUUAAAUAAAGAAAACCAACAUCUACACUGCAAUUUAACUGUAUACCAUAUAAUCUUAUAGGAUCAUGGUAAUAAAUAUCAGCAGGGACAACAGAUGAAAAUUAGCCUGUUGAGCCACCACUGGCUCAUUCACAGUUAUUUUACUGUUAAUUAAUGAGCACUGUCCAUGUCAAAUAAACAAAUUAAUGAAAUAUAAAUAUUGUAAUUCCUAAUAUCCACUUCCCACCUAGUACAAUCUCCACACACAGUAAAACCGAAUGGGUUGUAGCGGCAUAUCUGUCACUAUGUUAAAAUGAAAACAAUGGAGGCAGUGCCGGCAACCACUCGUCUAAAAGCACCUUCAGUCUAGUUGAAUUUCCUUUAUCUAAAAUCAGAUAACAUUCAAAUAAUUGUUGGUAUUGUAUUGUAAGGUCAUUCUAAACUCAUUCUUCACUGACUGGGUUGUAGCCAAAAGUGUUUAAACCGUUUUUUAAUUAAAGGAGUUGAAAAAUGAA